AGGAGGGCGGCUGGAGCUUUGCGCGCGCUCGAGAGCACUAGGCUGGAGCAUGAGCCGGACUUGACCGCGAGGCGGAGGCAAGAGCCACCGCCCCCUCUUCCCCUCCCCCGAGUGGAGCUGCGCGGCGGGCGGGAGAAGGAUGGGGGUCGCCCGCGGACUCUGAGCCUCGCCGCGGGCGCUUCUGGCUCACGCAGCGUGCCCGCGAGUCUCCAGUGCGCACCCUCGGCCCCAAAAGCCUCCGCCCGGCGGGCGCACCCGGACCACCGAGUAGGGGGCGCCUGCCCAGGUGGGUGGGGCGGAGGGUAGUGAGUGUGUACCUGAGGUCACCGGCUCCGCGAAAGAGGCAGGGGCGGCCGCGACGGUGGCAGAACUGCAGAGGUGCGGGGUCCCUCCGACCCGUAACCCUCAGCCUGGGAAGUAACCAAUGUGAAACAUGUUACAGAAGCAUUCAAAAAGUGGCUGAAGGGGGAAGGAAAAAAAAAGUGCCACUGCCUGUCAGAAAACAAAACAAAACAAAACAUGGGAAAUACAACCACCAAAUUUCGCAAAGCACUCAUCAAUGGUGAUGAAAACCUGGCCUGCCAAAUAUAUGAAAACAACCCUCAGCUAAAAGAAUCACUUGAUCCAAAUACAUCUUAUGGGGAGCCCUAUCAGCACAAUACUCCUUUACACUAUGCCGCUAGGCACGGAAUGAACAGGAUAUUAGGGACUUUUCUUUUUGGUAGAGAUGGAAAUCCAAAUAAACGGAAUGUGCACAAUGAAACAUCUAUGCAUUUGUUGUGUAUGGGACCUCAAAUUAUGAUAUCUGAUGGAGCCCUUCAUCCUCGCCUGGCACGCCCUGCAGAAGAUGAUUUCAGAAGAGCAGAUUGUCUGCAGAUGAUCUUAAGAUGGAAAGGAGCAAAACUUGACCAAGGGGAAUAUGAGAGAGCAGCUAUUGAUGCUGUAGAUAACAAAAAAAACACACCUCUGCACUAUGCUGCUGCCUCAGGGAUGAAAACCUGUGUGGAGCUGUUGGUGAAGCAUGGAGGAGACUUGUUUGCUGAGAAUGAGAAUAAAGAUACGCCUUGUGAUUGUGCUGAAAAGCAACACCACAAAGAUUUGGCCCUUAACCUGGAAUCUCAGAUGGUAUUCUCACGAGAUCCUGAAGCUGAAGAAAUAGAAGCUGAAUAUGCUGCAUUAGACAAACGAGAGCCAUAUGAAGGAUUAAGGCCUCAGGAUCUUCGCAGACUGAAGGACAUGCUCAUCGUGGAAACAGCAGACAUGCUUCAGGCUCCCCUCUUCACUGCUGAAGCUUUACUUCGAGCUCAUGACUGGGACAGGGAGAAAUUACUUGAAGCUUGGAUGUCCAACCCAGAGAACUGCUGCCAACGAUCAGGUGUUCAAAUGCCAACUCCGCCGCCAAGUGGGUGUAAUGCCUGGGACACGCUCCCUUCGCCAAGGACUCCAAGAACUACACGCUCUUCUGUCACCUCUCCCGAUGAAAUCAGUUUAUCUCCUGGGGAUCUGGACACCAGUUUGUGUGACAUCUGUAUGUGCAGUAUUUCUGUAUUUGAAGACCCAGUGGAUAUGCCCUGUGGACAUGACUUUUGUAGAGGAUGUUGGGAGUCAUUUUUGAACCUGAAAAUUCAAGAAGGUGAAGCUCACAACAUUUUUUGCCCUGCAUAUGAUUGCUUCCAACUUGUACCUGUGGAUAUCAUAGAAAGUGUAGUUUCUAAGGAGAUGGACAAGCGAUACCUACAGUUUGAUAUUAAGGCCUUUGUUGAAAAUAAUCCUGCCAUUAAAUGGUGUCCUACUCCAGGCUGCGAAAGAGCAGUCAGACUGACGAAACAAGGGUCAAAUACAUCUGGGUCUGAUACGCUCAGCUUCCCUCUGCUCAGAGCUCCUGCCGUGGACUGCGGAAAAGGACACCUCUUCUGCUGGGAGUGCCUUGGUGAAGCACAUGAGCCUUGUGAUUGCCAAACAUGGAAAAAUUGGCUACAAAAAAUAACUGAAAUGAAACCAGAAGAACUGGUGGGAGUUAGUGAAGCUUAUGAGGAUGCUGCCAACUGUCUCUGGUUGUUAACUAACUCCAAGCCAUGUGCUAACUGCAAGUCUCCAAUACAGAAGAAUGAGGGAUGCAAUCACAUGCAGUGUGCUAAGUGCAAGUACGACUUUUGCUGGAUUUGCCUAGAAGAAUGGAAAAAGCAUAGCUCUUCCACAGGCGGGUAUUACAGAUGCACUCGCUAUGAGGUCAUCCAGCACGUGGAGGAGCAGUCCAAGGAGAUGACCGUGGAGGCUGAGAAGAAACACAAACGGUUUCAGGAACUUGACAGAUUUAUGCACUAUUACACAAGAUUUAAAAACCAUGAGCAUAGCUAUCAGUUAGAACAACGCCUUCUUAAAACAGCCAAAGAAAAGAUGGAGCAACUGAGUAGAGCUCUCAAAGAAACUGAAGGAGGCUGUCCAGAUACCACUUUCAUUGAAGACGCAGUUCACGUGCUCUUAAAAACUCGCCGCAUUCUCAAGUGUUCUUAUCCCUAUGGAUUUUUCUUAGAACCUAAAAGCACAAAAAAAGAAAUUUUUGAACUCAUGCAAACAGACCUAGAAAUGGUCACUGAAGACCUUGCCCAAAAAGUUAAUAGGCCUUACCUUCGCACACCCCGCCACAAGAUUAUCAAGGCAGCAUGCCUGGUCCAGCAGAAGAGGCAGGAGUUCCUGGCAUCCGUGGCUCGGGGGGUUGCUCCUGCAGACUCACCGGAAGCUCCAAGGCGCAGCUUUGCUGGUGGAACAUGGGAUUGGGAAUAUUUAGGAUUUGCAUCGCCUGAGGAAUAUGCUGAAUUUCAGUAUCGGAGGCGGCACAGACAGCAGCGCCGGCGCGGGGACGUGCACAGCCUGCUCAGUGACCCCCCAGACCCCGACGAGCCCAGUGAAAGCACUUUAGAUCUCCCAGAAGGUGGCAGCAGCCGCAGGCUGAGCCCCUCCGUGGUCGGCUCUGCGUCCAUGAGCGCCCUGCACAGCUCUGCCCUGCGUGACCUCCCCUCCGCCGGCCGCUCCGAACACCAGGAUGCUCUCCAGGCUCUGAGUUCCUUGGAUGAAGAUGAUCCCAAUAUACUUCUCGCAAUACAGUUGUCACUGCAAGAAUCGGGGCUGGCCAUCGAAGAAGGAAACAGAGACUUCCUUGGUAGUGAAGCAUCCUUGGGCGCCAUGGGCACUUCUUUAUCUUCCAGGCUGGACUCGGUCCCCAGGAGCACAGACAGCCCGCAGGCGAUGUUAAGCAGCUCUGAGCUGUUGGAACUUGGCGACAGCCUCCUGAGGCUAGGAGCAGGGAGUGACCCGUUUUCCCCUGACACCCUGAGUUCACACCCUCUCAGUGAGGCACGAAGUGAAUUCUGUCCCUCAUCCAGUGACCCCGACUCAGCUGGCCAGGAUGCCAGCAUCAAUGAUAAUCUUCUUGGCAACAUAAUGGCUUGGUUUCAUGACAUGAACCCUCAGACUAUUGCCCUGAUUCCUCCAGCGGCUUCAGAAGUCAGUGCAGAUUCCCAGCCCCCCUGUGUCAGAGAUGGGUCAGAAGGCACGAGGGAUGUGGAACUGGUGCCACCAGAAGAGGAUCCUGUAUUUGAAGAUGCUGUGGUCAGUGAAGGUAGAGGAACCCAGAAAGGAGAGGAAAACUCUUUGGAAGAGAAUGUUCUAGCUGGGGAAGCAGCUCCUCAAGCUGGCAGAAGUGGUAAUGAGGCAGCCAACAAGGAGGGUAGUUCAGAUGUUUCAAGUCAAACACCUCAAACCCCAAGUGACUGGGUUGAACAGGUCCACCUAGUGUGAGCUGCACACCCCGGGCUCCCAGCGUGUCAUCGCGGAGACAGGUGGUGUGCCAGUGCAGUGCGCUGCCGCUGGACUCGAUCCGCUGAAUCCCAGCUCAGCUCUGAACCACUGGAAGUAGGAUCAAAUACAAGGCGUUCCCCCCGAAUAGUAGCUUCAUUUUGGAGUUAAGCCUCACAGGGAACCUCUUUCAAAUUUAAUUGGAUAGCUUUCCCUUUUUUCACUGACAAAAAGAAAGCGGGAGAGAGAGAGAAACAAAUUGGAGUAAGUCGGUUAGAUUCCACACGCCAAAAAAAUGCAGUCCCCUGUUUAGCCUAAGGUCGGCAAUAGUUAAAUUGAACAUUAAAAUUAAAGGCUUACUCCUUAAUCCUUGGAUGGUUUUCCUCUUUCAAAAAAAAAAGUGGGGUGGGGGGAAUCUUCAUUUUAGACGUUGUUUUGGGUAGAUCUGUUUGAACAAACACUGCGUUCCUUGAUCUCUCUGUGCUCAGACUUUCUUCCCGCCUUUUCGUCUGAGCAGAAUGAAUCGAAGUGUCCAAAGCUUCUCGUUAGUGCUGCAUCCACCACCAUGUACUUGGUUUUCAUUCUCACAUGAGUUGAAAAUUCCUUUUCAUGUCUAUUUACAGUCCACUAGUGCCAAACUCUGACUCGUGCGCCAAGACGGCAUUGAGGCGAGGGGUGCCCGCGAGGCUCUGGGUGGCCCCAGCGCACUCAGGAGUAAGGCACCAUGGGUGGCAGUGAAAUUCCAGGCUUUAAUGGGCUUUUGUUGCCAUGGAGACUGCAUUUACAUAAAUGUAGCCUGUAGCUUAAGUUAACUAAACCUAAUGCUGCUGUUAAAACAGUUUAUUUUAAUAUUAAAAUAUGGUUGAUUAGCAACAGCGGUGCUGUAUUUUAAAAGACACUUUAUUGGAAGUGCAAUCAUAGUUCUUUGUUUUCACAGUUUUACAGUGCAUUCUAAUUACUAAUGGGUGCAAUUACUUUUAAUGGUAAGUGUUUUAUAAAAUAGAAAAAAGUGGAGUUUUCUGAGUUAUAGUAAAUCCCACGAUUAUUAAAAAAUCCAAUAAAACAUCCUGCGCAACAUGUUACUGUGCCUUUGCCUAACUAAACGGAUAGUUGCCAGUUAAAUGAGUGAGUCAUUCACACUUCACUGUCUCUUCUGAAAUGACUAUGCUACGAACUGCAGAGACCUCCAUAAAACCACCCAUGGCCUUGCCUUUACAGUAAACAUAACAACUAAAUAUUCGAUCAGUCGUUUGCCUAAAUAGCAGGUACUGACAUGUGUUCGUUCUGUUGCACAAUACUAAUUUGCCAUGUGAUUACUGUUUAGUGUCCAAAAAAAUCAACUUCCUAGUUAUCAGUGUCUUACUGUGAAGAAAAUACUGGUCUUAGUUGUAAUUAAGAUACAAUGAUACAGUGUGUAAUUAAAACUAGAGUAACUGUUGGAAUGGCUGUUUUACUUACAUAUUAUCACAACUAGCAUAACAUAAACAAAAUAGAUAUGCAACGCUCCAUUUAACGUUUUGCCAGAUUCUUACCAGAAAUCUGCAGAUACCAAAAUUUCAGUACCAAGUUUGUACAGGCACGUCCUGGGCUGGGGGAAAGGUUACAUUAGUAUUGCUAGUCACAUGAGUUACAAUUACAGUUUUUUGUUACUUUUUAUUUUCCAAACCCUGCUUUUGAGAUACUCUCAUUUUUGGAGUUUGCAUGGCUAGGCUGUGGUAGUGGUUGAUGCCCCCCAGGCCCCCAGGGUAGAGAGCAGUGUGGGAGUUGUCCUGUGCCGGGAGUCCCGAGUCCACAGUAGGGCUCCUUUCCCCAGUCACCAGAGACAUUGGCAUCAACCCUGUGAGGAUUUGUUGGAGUAAAUGUUAACUUUUAUCUGCGGUGUAUUACUGUAUAUUCAACUGAAAUAGUCCAUUAAAGGAUUUUUUUUUUUUUUACAAAUUUAUUUUGGAUUGAAAAUACCAACACCCAUCAGUUUUUAGACCAAGUUGUAACUUUUCAGAAGAAGGAUCUGUGUGCCGCGAAGCCUGUCUGGCACAGCCGCGGUCAGCGCGGCCGUGCUGCGUGGGGGCGGCGGCGAAGCCUGCGCGCCGCGGGGAGGGGGCGCUGCGGCUUCACCCGGGCAGGCGGCGGGCGGUGCCCAGUGUCUGCACGCUGCUCCCUCCGGAGCGUGAGGAAAGACCAUUAGCCCAUUUGUAUUUCCUUGGUACAUAUUUUAAAAACAACAGUCACUGACUUUACAAUUCAGAAAUAAAGUUUGGCAAAGCCUAUUUUGUAAACAAGUUAAUUUUAUAAUGUAAAAAAACUACUCUAACCUGGACUUGUUAUUUGCACUUUCAUAGUCUAUACUUGAUACAUUCCCACUUUAUAUAUAGUAGGGUCUACAACCGUGUAGAUGUUUGGCCAAAUGAAUGCUGUUAAUAAUAUGUAAAAUUCUUUGAUUAAACAUUUAUUACUUAAACUACUUCACUUU